AGCCUGCGCGAGACUGGAACACGUGCUCACCUAAAUCACCGAAUCGGUUGAGUUCGACGACCAAUCGGAGCUAACCACGGUACUUUCAGUGACGUCGAUAUUGUCACACGAAUAUUGUCGAGCCGCGAUGUGAUCUAAGCACACUCACCACGCGAUCACCAUUUGCACUUCCUGUGCGUAAUCUAGAUUCUAGAACCUAGAGAUUUCCCCAGAGAGUCUUCCUGAGACAGGACAAGAGCACAGACGUACUUGUCGAGCGGCACAUUUACUUAUCUUGAAUAUCAACCAGACGUAACUGGAAGGCAACAUUGUCGCUUGGCCCAUCACCUGUUGCGCGGAACGAGAGUGUCGCUGAGCGAAAAGAAACGGCAUCUAGUGAAUCUGGUAACAAUCGCUGCUGAAACUUCGGCACUUUGCGGCAGGGACUACACUACACUUCAUGGCGUCGCAUCGGUCUCGUCUCUCGCGUGUCGUACCUCGCUCGAUGCCAGCACUUUUGCUUCUCGUAGUAUCGUGCUGCGUCGAUUCACCUUCGACCCGUCUAUCAGCGACGGCCUUUUCGUUAACGCCUUCGUUCCUCGCGCGCCAUCGCACGCGCGACGAAAGCUCCGGAGCGAUCCCGCGACGGAAGCUCGCUGCGUCGCUUCCGUGCAUCAACUCGACACUAUUUGGAUACGCUUAUGCGGUGCAGCUUGGAAACAGUCUCAUCCUGCACUGGAAGCCUCAGAACGGCAUGGUAACGGACAUGGCGCUGCAAUCCGUCCCCUUGUCAGGCGCCCAAAAGGGGUGGAUCUCCGUGGGGUGGUCUGGCGAAGGCCGCAUGGCGCGCAGCGACGCCGUGAUCGGCAACGUGGGGGGUUACCCGAGCAACGUGGUGGCGGUGUAUCUGGCGGGGACGAAUCCUGCGGAUGUGAAGCCGACAGGAUACGAUCUGGGGAGGACGGUUCUGGAAGAUGGUCCAACUGGUUCGUUCGUGAUCAAAUUCUCCCGGCGGGUUGAUGAUGGCACGGUGCGCUUCAACCCCACAGGGGCCAACACGCUCAUCUGGGCGUACUCCGCGCCGCCUGGCUCCACCGACCUCGCCUUCCACGCCGGCAACAAGGGCUCUGCAUUGGUCGACUUUUCGUGCACUGGAAAGGCAGGAAGUGGGCUCGGUCCAAGGCAUUUGCCAGCACUGUUUGCUGUAGUUUUGGCGGUGAUGUGGGUUGCCAUUUAGCUUAUACCUACCAUGCCUUUGCCAACCAACAGCAUGCAUGAAUUCUCACAGAUUUAGGAUACUCCUGGGGAUAAUUUUGGUGGUUGAACCCAGACCAAAAAGUACACAAGACUAUGUAGCAAGAGU